AUGGAUGAAGCCGCUGCCGUCUUGAAGGCCUCGGACGACGAGGCCCGCCGCAUCUGCCAGGAGAUCCGCCGCAUCGGCGGCGCGGAUCGAGUGACCUUCGGUGAACUGGUGAAAGAUGAGAUUGUGGAACAGACUUUCGAGGCCCUCAUGGGCACGUUGAAAGCGGCCCGGAAGAAGGGCUUCAUCACCUUCGAAGGCGAACUUCUGCUGAUGGGCAAACACGACGCCACCGUGAUCUCUGUGACGCCCGAGGGCGCCAGUGCGGAACCGGAACCGCCGGCGCCGGCGCCGGCCACUGCCACUGGUGGCUAUGCGGAGGCUCCGACAGAAGCUCCGGCCGUUCGAAAGGCGUCGAAGUCGUCCAAUCGAAGUGAUGAUUCGUCGAAAUUUCACGUGGAUAUGUCGUACAUCAAUCACCGCACCGGCGAGGUGGAUCGACUGGAAGGCCGAAAAUCGGUGCUGGCCGGCAAAGUGGACGGACCAGCAGUGGCACACUCGGCCUCCGUCAAACACGAGGAUGGCAAGUGGAAGGUGGACACCUCCUACAUCGGCCAUCGCACUGGUGAUACCGCCAACCUCACUCGAAAAGAGGACAAGACGGAUGAUGCUGAGUUCGCAGAUCCGUCGGAGAAGAAGUUCUCGCACCAGGAACUGAAAGUGAGCAGCGCCAAACCACCAGAUGUGGACCCAGCGAAGAGGGAGCAGUACUUAUCUGCUUCGGACUUUGAGUCCAUCUUCGGCAUGUCCUUCGCAGAGUUCCAGAAGCUUCCCAAAUGGAAGCAGCAAAAUGCCAAGAAGGCGAAAGAGCUCUUCUGA